AUGCAGUCACGACCAUACGCUACUUCUCUCUCGGCCCUCUGCGAGGUCGCCGUUAAGAAGCUCGACAGCCCUCCAACUCAGAAGAUUUCCAUUGCCGGCCUCUUGUGCGAUGAAGCCCAACCGGCACCUGCUCAGAAAUCUUACCACCCUCAAACACCCAGCAUGAGCCCUCCAUCAAGAAGCGAAUCAUUUCUGCCUCUACCCCAGCAACAGCAGCAGCAGCAGCAGCAGCAGCAACCCCAGCAGCACUUCAGACCCUGGGAGAUUCAGAGCCCCACCAGCACAUCCGAGACUUGGGAGACCCCUUCUCACAGCGCUUCCGCGACCACAUCAGACCAGCAGCAACCCAUUUCUCCCCGCACUGACCUGGUCCCACGCCGGAUAUCGGCUCCUCCUCCUCCCCCCCCUCGCCCCGGUUAUGAGUACAUCUUGUACCGUGGGCAGUGGGUUCAGAGCCGAAGCAUGGCGAAGCUGCACAACCUGUCCUGCGAAGUCCGCAGCCCAGGCUCCAAGAGCAGCUCGUCGUCGGGCAGCCAAACCGGGGAGAAGAAGACGCGCAAGGCGCUGCCGGCACACGUGGUCGCCAUGUUUAUGACGUGGUUGUUCGAUGACGAUUUGUAUAACUUGUCGUAUCCGUUCCCAACGGCCGAGGAGAAGAAGAUGUUCAUGGCUGGUGGCGUGACCGAGAGCCAGGUCAACGGGUGGUUCAUCAAUGCUCGCCGGCGCUGCAUCCGUGAUAUUAUUGAGGAACUUAACAAGCAAGGCGUGCCCAUCAAGCAACACAAGCAUCGCCAUCCACCGCCGGGCCACGACCAGCGAAAGAAGAAUCUUACCUUCUCCAACGCGCUGCGCGAGAACAGCCUGUAUGCUCAGCACCGUCGUGCCAUUGAGGCUGUGCGUGCCACCCGCCGUGCUAGGAGCCGUUCUCCGAAGGAGAACGCCCUACCAUCGCCCAAGUGGGAGCCGAUCAUGUGCUGA